AUGAGGAGUGACAAGAAGAGUGGCGAGAAUAUGGUGUGAGGGUCAAAUCAGACGGACACUUCCAAUAUUUUAAUUGCAUAUGCCUAAUUGCGCUAUUAAUUAUAAUAUUUAUAAUAACCCUCUGAUCUGGGAAAAAAUCGGAGCAAUUACUCACUACUGUCGCUGUGGAGUUUGACGGCUGAAAUAUCGCCAAAGAUUAGCACUUAAUCCUGAUGCACAGACAGGAUCUCAGAGAAACUCUUUGAAGAUGAGGGAAUUAAAUAUCCCCUCCACUCAAGAAUGUGUAGGCCCGCCUUGGGUGAUGGGCUGCAGCCAUUUUGCACUCUGGAGCUCUUGAAUCUAAUCAGUCAUGGAAUUACAGGAGGAGAGAAAGAGCCGGCCGCUCAUCUCGGACUGUGGGAUGAUUGAAUGUUCAGAUGGAGAGAGAGUGGAGCAGGGCCCGUGUUGGCUAUUUGGCCAGGGUGCAAAUGCUCAGCGUCUCUCGCUCGCUUUCACUCUCUGCUAUAAAUGUCAUGGGAAGUCAGGGAGCCAAGUUAACCUUGCUUUCAUGGCAUGCCAGCCUCCACUGCCAGUUUAAAGAGUCUCAUUACAAUUACCAACACGGCUCAAUCCAAAUAAUGACUUCAAUUAGGCUAUUAAAUAGGGCCGGGGUGACAAGGAGACUAGCUCUCCCUGUCAUCUUCAAACACCCCAAUGACUGGACCCUCAUGUAAUGUCAUAAUUAAAACGAUGGUUGCUCGUCUGUUUGCCUGACAUAGUUUGUGUUUUUUUCUUUGUGUCUGGCAUGUCAUUGUCUGUUCACUUCUCUGCAUCUCUCGCUCUCUCUCUGCAUCUCUCUCUCUCUCUCUGCAUCUCUCUCUCUGCAUCUCUCUCUCUCUCUCUGCAGCUCUCUCUCUGCAUCUCUCUCUCUCUCUCUGCAUCUCUGCAUCUCUCGCUCUCCUCUCUCUGCAUCGCUCUCUCUCUCUCUGCAGCUCUCUCUUUCUGCAGCUCUCUCUGCAUCUCUCUCUCUCUCUGCAGCUCUCUCUCUCUCUGCAUCUCUCUCUCUGCAUCUCUCGCUCUCUCUCUGCAGCUCUCUCUCUCUGCAGCUCUCUUUCUCUGCAGCUCUCGCUUUCUUUCUGCAUCUCUCUCAAUUUUCAAUUCAAUUUAAGGGCUUUAUUGGCAUGAGAAACGUAUGUUAACAUUGCCAAAGCAAGUGAAGUAGAUAGUAAACAAAAGUGAAAUAAACAAUAAAUAUUAACAGUAAACAUUACACUCAGAAGUUCCAAAAGAAUAAAGACAUUUCAAAUGUCAUAUUAUGUCUAUAUACAGUGUUGUAAUGAUGUGCAAAUAGUUAAAGUACAAAUGGGAAAAUAAAUAAACAUAAAUAUGCGUUGUAUUUACAAUGGUGUUUGUUCUUCACUGGUUGCCCUUUUCUUGUGGCAACAGGUCACAAAUCCUGCUGCUGUGAUGGCACACUGUGGUUUUUCACCCAGUAGAUAAGGGAGUUUAUCAAAAUUGGGUUUGUUUUCGAAUUCUUUGUGGCUCUGUAAUCUGAGGGAAAUAUGUGUCUCUAAUAUGGUCAUACAUUUGGCAGGAGGUUAGGAAGUGCAGCUCAGUUUCCACCUCAUUUUGUGGGCAGUGUGCACAUAGCCUGUCUUCUCUUGAGAGCCAGGUCUGCCUACGGCGGCCUUUCUCAAUAGCAAGGUUAUGCUCACUGAGUCUGUACACAGAGAGAGAGAGAGAGAGCUCUCUGCAUCUCUCUCUCUCUCGCUGCCUCUCUCUCUCGCUGCGUCUCUCUCUCGCUGCGUCUCUCUCUCUCUCUCUGCGUCUUUCUCUCUCUCUCGCUGUGUCUCUCUCUCUCUCUGCGUCUCUCUCUCUCUCUCUGCUUCUCUCUCUCUCUCUCUCUCUGUCUCGCUCUCUCUCUUCUCUCUCUCUCUGCGUCUCUCUGCUCUCUCCUCUCUGCUCUCUCCUGCUCUCUCUGCUCUGCUCUCUGCUCUCUCGCUGCUCUCCUCGCUCCUCUCGCUCUGCAUCUCUCUCGCUCUGCAUCUUCUCUGCUCUGCUCCUCCUCUGCGUCUCUCUCUGCGUAUCUCUCUCUCGCUCUGCAUCUCUCGCUCUGCAUCUCUCUCUGCAUCUCUCUCUCUCGCUCUGCAUCUCUCUCUUCGCCCUGCAUCUCUCUCUGCAUCUCUCUCUUCGCUCUGUCUCUCUUCUCCUCGCUCUCAUCUGCUCUCUCAUCUCUUCUCCUCUGCUCUCUCUCUCGCUCUGCUCUCUCUUCGCUCUGCAUCUCUCUCUCUCGCUCUCUUUCCUCUGCAUCUCUCUCUUCGCUCUGCAUCUCUCUCUUUCCUCUGCAUCUCUCUCCGCUUGCAUCUUCUCUCCGCUCUGCAUCUCUCUCUCGCUCUGCAUCUCUCUCUCGCUCUGCAUCUCUCUCUCGCUCUGCAUCUCUCUCUCGCUCUGCAUCUCUCUUUCGCUCUGCAUCUCUCUUAUUCACUCUGCAUCUCUCUCUCUCUCGCUCUGCAUCUCUCUAUCUCUCUCUCGCUCUGCAUCUUUCUCUGCUAGUUUCUCUCUGCAUCUCUUUCUCUCUCUGCGUCUCUCUCUCUCGCUCAGCAUCUCUCUCUCGCUCUCUCUCUACAUCACUAUCUCUCUCUCUCUCUCUCUCUGUCUCUGCAUCUCUCUCUCUCUCUCUCUCUCUCUCUCUCUCUCAAUUUCAAUGUCAAUUUAAGGGCUUUAUUGCCAUGGGAAACGUAUGUUUAACAUUGCCAAAGCGAGUGAAGUAGAUAGUAUACAAAAGUGAAAUAAACAAUAAAUAUUAACAGUAAACAUUACACUCAGAAGUUCCAAAAUAAUAAAGACAUUUCAAAUAUCAUAUUAUGUCUAUAUAUACAGUGUUGUAACAAUGUUCAAAUAGUUAAAGUACAAAUGGGAAAAUAAAUAAAUAUAAAUAUGGGUUGUAUUUACAAUGGUGUUUGUUCUUCACUGAUUGCCCUUUUCUUGUGGCAACAGGUCACAAAUCCUGCUGCUGUGAUGGCACACUGUGGUUUUUCACCCAGUAGAUAAGGGAGUUUAUCAAAAUUGGGUUUGUUUUCAAAUUCUUUGUGGAUCUGUGUAAUCUGAGGGAAAUAUUUGUCUCUAAUAUGGUCAUACAUUUGGCAGGAGGUUAGGAAGUGCAGCUCAGUUUCCACCUCAUUUUGUGGGCAGUGUGCACAUAGCCUGUCUUCUCUUGAGAGCCAGGUCUGCCUACGGCGGCCUUGCUCAAUGGCAAGGCUAUGCUCACUGAAUCUGUACAUAGUCAAAGCUUUCUUUAAGUUUGGGUCAGUCACAGUGGUCAGGUAUUCUGCCACUGUGUACUCUCUGUUUGGGGCCAAAUAGCAUUCUAGUUUGCUCUGUUUUUUUGUUCAUUCUUUCCAAUGUGUCAAUUCAUUCUCUUUUUGUUUUCUCAUGAUUUGGUUGGGUCUAAUUGUGUUGUUGUUGUUGUUGUUGUCCUGGGGCUCUGUGGGGUCUGUUUGUGUUUGUGAACAGAGCCCCAGGACCAGCUUACUUAGGGGACUCUUCUCCAAGUUCAUCUCUCUGUAGGUGAUGGCUUUGUUAUGGAAGGUUUGGGAAUCGCUUCCUUUUAAGUGGUUAUAGAAUUUAACAGAUCUUUUCUGGAUUUUGAUAAUUAGAGGGUGUCGGCCUAAUUAUGCUCUGCAUGCAUUAUUUGGUGUUGUUCGUUGUACACUGAGGAUAUUUUUGUUGAAUUUUGCAUACAGAGUCUCAAUUUGGUGUUUGUCCCAUUUUGUGAAUUCUUGGUUGGUGAGCAGACCCCAGACCUCACAACCAUAAAGGGCAAUGGGUUCUAUAACUGAUUCAAGUAUUUUUUGCCAGAUCCUAAUUGGUAUGUCGAUUUUAUGUUCCUUUUGAUGGCAUAGAAGGACCUUCUUGCCUUGUCUCUCAGAUCGUUCACAGCUUUGUGGAAGUUACGUAUGGCGCUGAUGUUUAGGCCGAGGUAUGUAUCGUUUUUUGUGUACUCUAGGGCAACAGUGUCUAGAUGGAAUUUGUAUUUGUGGUCCUGGCAACUGGACCUUUUUUGGAACACUAUUAUUUUUGUCUUACUGAGAUUUACUGUCAGGGCCCAGGUCUGCAGAAUCUGUGCAGAAGAUCUAGGUGCUGCUGUAGGCCCUCCUUGGUUGGUGACAGAAGCACCAGAUCAUCAGCAAACAGUAGACAUUUGACUUCAGAUUCUAGUAGGGUGAGACCAGGGUGCUGUAGACUGUUCUAGUGGCCUCGCCAAUUCGUUGAUAUAUAUGUUGAAGAGGGUGGGGCUUAAACUGCAUCCCUGUCUCACCCCACGGCCCUGUGGAAAGAAAAGUGUGUGUUUUUUGCCAAUUUUAACCGCACACCUGUUGUUUGUGUACAUGGAUUUUAUAAUGUCGUAUGUUUUUCCCCCAAACCCACUUUCCAUCAAUUUGUAUAGCAGACCCUCAUGCCAAAUUGAGUCUAAAGCUUUUUUUAAAUCAACAAAGCAUGAGAAGUCUUUGCCUUUGUUUUUGUUUGUUUGUCAAUUAGGGUGUGCAGGGUGAAUACGUGGUCUGUCGUAAGGUAAUUUAGUAAAAAGCCAAUUUGACAUUUGCUCAGUACAUUGUUUUCACUGAGGAAAUGAACUAGUCUGCUGUUAAUGAUAAUGCAGAGGAUUUUCCCAAGGUUGCUGUUAAUGCAUAUCCCGUGGUAGUUAUUGGGGUCAAAUUUGUCUCCACUUUUGUGGAUUGGGGUGAUCAGUCUUUGGUUCCAAAUAUUGGGGAAGAUGCCAGAGCUAAGCAUGAUGUUAAAGAGUUUAAGUAUAGCCAAUUGGAAUUUGUGGUCUGUAUAUUUUAUCAUUUCAUUGAGGAUACCAUCAACACCACAGGCCUUUUUGGGUUAGAGGGUUUAUAUUUUGUCCUGUAGUUCAUUCAAUGUAAUUGGAGAAUCCAGUGGGUUGUGGUAGUCUUUAAUAGUUGAUUCUAAGAUUUGCAUUUGAUCAUGUAUAUAUUUUUUGCUGUUUGUUCUUUGUUAUAUGGCCAAAAAGAUUGGAGAAGUGCAUCUCUCUCUCUCUCUCUCUCUCUCUGCAUCUCUAUCUCUAUGUUCUUUUAAUCUGUUUCUAACACCAUGGGACAGCAUCUCCACUGGUCUGUGGCCCUUUCAUGUCAUCCUCUCUGUCUAUCUAUAGCAUAAUUGUCAGUCCGUUUGUCUGUCUGACUCUGCAUACAUGUCCCUUUGUCUGUGCUUAAGCACUUUAUAUCGGCAUUAGACCCAUCUCCUCUAGUCUCUGCUAGUCUGUGUGGCUUUUCAUGUCAUUGUUCAUUGGCCGUAGAGUCUGACAGAUCAUUAUCUGAUGGGGGAGAACAGAAGUUUGGUUUCGACUCGCUUCCCAACAUCCCAGCCUUUAUAUUAAUCCAUAUUUAAUUAGACAUUUUCUCUCUGUCCUCCCCUCCUCCCCAUUUGUUUGUUGAGCUCUGUUGUUUUAUGGGAGGAGGGUAGGGAAGGCAGUAGACGGCAGUGAGGUUGACAUAGGAUUACUGUUAAUAAGCAGCAGGGGGAGAGGGGGGGAUAGGCUCCAGGGACUUUAUGGUUUUUCAUUUCAUUAGUGAGGUUUUCUAAUUCAAAUGGGCCUCAUCUGCACGACUCAACAAUAUGAGUCGUGAUGACAGCGGUGAUUUGUAACUUCAGUCAGGUUGAGUUUUUUUUUAAAGCUGAGAAAAGAUACAUGGAGAGCACAGGAGGUUGGUGGCACCUUAAUUGGGGAGGACGGGCUCGUGGUAAUGGCUGGAACGGAAUCUGUGGAAUGGAUCAAAUACAUCCAACACAUGGUUUCCAUGUGUUUGAUGCCAUUCUAUUCGCUCUGUUCCAACCAUUAUUAUAAGCCGUCCUCCUCCCAGCAGCCUCCUGUGAUGGAGGCAAGUAGAGAGGCAGUAAGAUAGAUAGAUGGCUGGAUCGAGUCACAUUCAUUAGUUGUUUUUUCUCACAUAGAGUGAAGAUGAUGUUAAAAGAGCUUUUCUGCUCCGUUAGUCCCAAAUAAAGGUUCUCCUCAUCCUCCUGUCAUUGAAUAAUGUCUGCUUGGAUGAAUGGCUUUUCAUUAGUGACAUUAUUAGGAACUGCAGGCAGUGUUCAACACGGUCCAUCAUGGCAGCACAGCAGCUCAUAGCACCAUUUAGACUGUGGUCAAAAAUCUGUUUCUCGCUCUUCGCAUAUUCUGAAAUGAACAUUUCAAUCAAAGUGUGCGUGUUGCCUUAGGGGAAGGAUGGCUGGUGAAGGUCAGUUUAAAUUUCAACAGCGGUAAUUAGAUUGCUGAUUAGUCAUUGGCUCCCAAUGCAACUCUGAGAAAUGGCUUAUUGUGCUGUGUGUAUGGAGGUAGGCUAGUGACUUAAUGUCACCCAUCCAUUUAGCUUCCGCUCUGGUUGGCAUGGCAGGCACUGGGAACGCCAGGCUCAUUCAUCUCAGGCAGUGGCCACGCACAUGCAUUCUGUCAUACCCUGACACACACACACACACACACACACACACACACACACACACACACACACACACACACACACACACACACACACACGUGCACUUUAACACAGACACACACACACAGCUGUGUACACAAACAGACAUAAUCAACCACCCACACACACACACACACACACACUACAGAAACAAUGACACACACAACCACACACACCUGCUGAUGCUCUCACUCCCCAGGGCGGCCAUGCGUGCAUAUACACUCAGCCCACUCUGAAAAGCCCUGUGAUUGAUUGACAGGCCCCGGCAGUUAUUGGUAUUCCAGCAGCGAGCUGCACCCACUAUGAGUGACACUCGGAUAGAUGUUUGCAGGUCCAGACUCCUCAUACAUUUUAAAACAUUUCACCUGUCUCUCUGUCUUCUCUCCUUCUAUCUCCAUCAGAAGGGCAUCCCCAUCGGCCAAUUCUGCAAGGACUUCAACGAGAAGACCAAAGAGCUCAAGGAAGGAAUCCCUCUGCCCAUCAAGAUCCAUGUUAAGGUGCGUUUAUUUUUUUAAAACCUCACUUAGUGUACACACACCUGCCCCCCAGCAGCUUGCCCUUUCAGAGAUCCUGCCUGAUUUCACUGUCUGCAUACCAUUACCCAAGAACCUCCAUUAUUCAUAUUGUUACACUGAAGUAAGCUAGCAGUGUCCAGGGGGACAUAAAAGUCUCACAGAAUUUAGCGCAUAUAAAAGGAUAGAAUCAUCGUAAAGAGGAUAGAAUCAUCGUAAAGAGGAUAGAACCAUCGUAAAGAGGCUUUUAUGAUUUAUUUUCGUAUGUAUUAAUUUUUCAUAUCUCUCAUAGAGCAGCAUUUUUCUGCUCCCCAUUUCAAAGUCCUCUAGCCAAUUAUACAUUAUGCAUGCAUUGAUGUCAGUGCAUAUGUGGAAUAUCUAAUGAGGGAACAAAUUAAGUCUUGUAAACCCCAUAGGCAUUGACUUUGACAGAAAGGCUCAGAACAAUGUCCAACCCACCUGCAGCCUCGCUCUUACUCAUGGGCUCCAUCUGCUGGUCACUACAAGCAUCUCCUCACUACACAAAUGUCCUUUUGUGUAUAGGGAAAGGGGGAUACCUAGUCAGUUGUACAACUGAAAGCAUUCAACUGAAAUGUGUCUUCCGCAUUUAACCCAACCCCUCUGAAUCAGAGGUGGUGGCUGCGGGGACUUGCUUCCAUUCAGCCACGAGCAUUAGUGAGGUCGGACACUGAUGUUGGGCAAUUAGGCCUGGCUUGCAGUCGGCGUUCCAAUUCAUCACAAAGGUGUUCGAUGGGGUUGGGGUCAGGGCUCUGUGCAUGCCAGUCAAGUUCUUCCACACCGAUCUCGACAAACCAUUUCUGUAUGGACCUCGCUUUGUGCACGGGGCAUUGUCAUGCUGAAACAGGAAAGGGCCUUCCCCAAACUGUUGCCACAAAGUUGGAAGAACAGAAUCGUCUAGAAUGUAAUUGUAUGCUGUAGCAUUAAGACUUCCCUUCACUGGAACUAAGAGCCUAGACCGAACCAUGAAAAAUAGACCCAGAACAUUAUUCCUCCUCCACCAAACCUUACAGUUGGCACUAUGCGUUAGGGCAGGUAGCGUUCUCCUGGCAUCCACCAAACCCAGAUUUGUCAGUCGGACUGCCAGAUGGUGAAGCUUGAUUCAUCACACCAGAGAACGCGUUUCCACUGCUCUAGUGGAAAGCCUUCCCAGAAGAGUGGAGGCUGUUAUAGUAGCAAAGGGGGGACCAACUCCAUAUUAAUGGCCAUGAUUUUGGAAUGAGAUGUUCAACGAGCAGGUGUCCACAUACUUUUGGUCAUGUAGUGUAUAUGCAUGUAUGUGAUGAGCUUCAACCUCUAAUGCGAUCUCACAGACAGACUUGGUUUAGCUAGUGUAGUGGAAGUGUGUCUAUCCCUGGCAUGCCACAGUGCUGCUGGAACCUUGCAGCCUCGAUCAGUCUUGUGUUCAUUGUUCCUUCAUUUCUCUCUCCCUGUCUCUGACUCAUCCUGUUGAACAAAAAGAUAGGAGAAGUAGCAAAUCUUCCUAUUUUACAAAGUUAGCAUCCCUAAAUCAAGAGUAAUUCUCGGAUAUUGCUAUUGUCCACCAGAUCGAUGCCAGGAGCAUUAGGCCAUCCCAGCGAAUGGCUAUUUCAUAGAUGAUGACAAAUGGUGUCAUUUCACUGUGAGGUCAUGGAUGAUCGAUAAUUCCAUUGACAAGUUAAUGCAGAACAGAGAGCAACUUUCCACUUCCUACAGAGUCCACUCCACUUUGAUCACACCUUGAUUGAUGGAUUAAAACACAUCUAAAAUUAACUCUCUCGCCCGCUACCUCUCUCUCUUCCACUACCGCUCUCUCCCCUCCUACCUCUCUUUCUCCCCCCCCCAACCUCUCACUGCAGCCUGACAGGACGUAUGACCUGAAGUGUCUUACUUCCUCAAGCAGGCGGCUGGCAUCCAGAAAGGGGCCAGUAAAACAGGUAAGGUUUGGAUGUUUGGACAAUGUUGGAUGGUUUCCCCCCCCUCACUCAAUCUCUGUAGCUGUCUGUCUGGCUGUCUGAGGCCAGCCCCGUACCGGACGGACAGACAAACGUCUCCCACAGGGCGUUGGGGCUGAGAUUGGACUGAUUGAUUAUGUAUUUAUGAUCGACAGGGGACGGGGCUUGAGCCAGGCAAUUACAGGCAGGAGGAAGGUAGUGGGAACGGUGGUGGGCUAAGGAAAGAGAAUUAUGGAUUUCCUCCUUCUGCGCCGGCUCCUCCCUCCCUCCCUUCAAUAAUUUCCUCGUUUUCCCCCACUCUCCUCCGCACUCUGCCCUCCUUUUUGCUCCUUACCCUUUCUCUUUCUUCCACCCUCUGCUCCCCUCGGUUUCUUUAUCUUAUUCCCACUUUGGACCCACUUUAUCUCUUUCUCCAUCUCUAGGCCAUGAGACAGCUGGGAUGGUGUCUGUAAGGGCUGUGUAUGAGAUGGCUCAGGUCAAGGCCCAGGACGAGGCCUUCAAGAUGCAGAACGCUUCCCUAGAGACGGUCGUCAAGAGCAUCAUCGGCUCGGCUCGCUCGUUGGGCAUUGAGAUCGUCAACGAGUAAGACCCUUGUCUCAAAGUGCCCAGUGUCAUUAAUAUUGGUACAAUACUUGGCAUUGAGAAACUCAUACUCUAUUGUAAACUCAUUAUCUAUUAUCAUACUCUGUUGUACUCCCAGGUAUGGAUUGAUAGACUGGAAUUAAGUGCCAUUCUCAUGAUUGGCAAAUGGUACUGUUGUGAUGCACCAUUAUUCAGUUAGGACCACUGAUAUAAUAGUUUUGACAUUUUAUUCACAUUUUUGUAUUUUCUCCUCUCUCUCGCUCUCUCUCUCUCUCGCCCUGUCUCUCUCUCUCGCCCUGUCUCGCCUUACCUUCCUCCCUCCCUCUCAUCCCACCUUCAGUUUAUCGGCAGAGGAGUACAACACUUUCCUGGAGGAGAAGGAGGCGAGGUUGAGAGCCGAGGCAGCAGCUGCAGCCGAAGCAGUGAAGAAGAAAUGA